CACCGCCCACCACCCACCUCCGGACCCCUUCCUCUCUCCUCCUCCCCACUGCCCCUCUCCACAUAACCAUCCCACAACAUCUCUUCUUGGCCUUAGAACCAACUUGGAGGACUUGAGAAGACUUUCAAGAUCACUUCCAACUCCUUCUGGCUUUUCCCAUAACGCUGACUGCAGUGGGAUACCACCAUGCCGUCGUCGUCGUCGCCAUCACUCCAGUCAACCCAUCAGGCACCAGCCAUGUCGGAACAGAAGCAAGAGGGGUAUGGGUAUCGUCAGACGACAUACCACAAUGGCCGCGGCGUCCAGAUCGAGGAAUCUCGUCGUCGCUCCUGGGCGCUCCGCAAAGUCGAGCCUCCAGUCCAGACAUAUACCGACUUCGUCUUAUACCCCUUGGAUAACAAUCAUACAUAUCCACGAAGCAGUCUUCGACAGGUCGAGCAAUCUCACCCCGCACUGAGAGGUAGGGCUACGGGACUUGGUGAGAGACACGUGACACACGUGACUUCCGCCAAGCACGUGUCUAAAGGAAAAUCGAAGCCAGUGGUUAUUCAUGGCUCAGCAAAGUCGAACAGAGAAUUGCCGGUGGAGUCGAAGGGGGUUUCGAACUCCUCUGCGGGGCCAACGCCUCCUCCUACACCUAGGCUAGGCCGGUUGCCAACACCUGAGCUGGAUGAUCUGGAUGAGGCGCCAUUUUGCGAUUGUGGUGUGGAAUCGCAUGUUAUUAAGCGUUGUACGGAAUGCGGCUUGGAAGUCGAUCCCUGGUCGGCGUGACCUCCUCUUGGCCAGUUUUCUCGGUACCUCCAUGUCUUGAUGGUCGCCUCACUGGGCCUGGCGUUGUGGUUCCUUUCUUCGGCUUUCCUUUGUCUCCUGAAGCGAAGGCUUAUUUUCUCAUGAGAGAUCGAGCAUCGCGAAUGAAUCCUGCUGCUUCAUGCUGCUCAAUCUGAUAUCCCCUUA